CACUAAAGCGAUUUGCGGCAGGCUGAGUGAACGUUGUCACUUUCAAAAUAAAACUCAAUGGAUCUAUAAUGAUUUUGUAAAACACCUGUCACAUUACCUUAUUAUUAAUGCAAUCGUGCAGUUAUUCACUACAGUUACUGAUACAUGCAUCCGUUCAUAUCAAAUCACUCACAGGACAUCUGAAUUAUGUCCCAGUGAUUUUAUUCUCUCAUCCGCAUUAGUGGUAUCUUAGCAACAGAGAAGAUAACAAAAGCAAACACCCGCUUCUUUCUCGCCAGGAAACUGUAGCUUAUUAAUGUUAUUUAACUUCCGUCUAAUUCAACACAGGCUAAACCAGUGACAUAAUGUCUGCAAAUGGGACAUCAAUGUUUGAAAUGACAAAGACUCAAUCAGAAGAUUCUCAAAACAACCAUGACGUCUCACAGAAGGAGUUGCUCUCUCACGAGGCUCAAUGCAUCUCAAGCAUUUUGGAAAACACCAUCCGUCGAAUUGAGAUUGCAACUGAUCUGCCUGCAGUCAUCGCGUUAAACAGUGUGUCCGGAAAUGGAGACAAGGAAUUGAGUCGUGCAAUUAGAGAGCAUCAAAUAUUAAUUGACAGACUGGAGGCACUUGAUCACCUGAAGCAGGAGUCAGAUGGAGAAGCAAGUUUGCUGCUUAUAAAGGAGGUCAAGAACUCUGUCAGGGACCUGCUCAGGGCUGCACGAGCCCAUCCAGAUGCCAUUUGGGGUUUGGGGGCAGAGCGGGGGCAUCUACAACUAGAUGAAAAUCAGUUCAUGCUAAUUAAAGGGCUUGAGAAGUUUCACAGCAAUGUGGUAGAAAAGCUGCAGACCAGUCUCGAUGAGGAACUACGGCAUAUUCUCCAGGAGCAGGCGUCCUCAUCCCCCAACCCAAUGGAGGAGCUAGUUCAAGAAGAAGAAGAAGAAUUAGCCACAUACACAAAGAUAAUCGAUGCAAAGAUUAUUCAGAAUAAUGAUGAUAUAGAACAUUUCCAGAAUUCUCUGAAAGUGAACAGUGGAGAAGAAUUGGAUGUGUCACUUCUUGCCAAGAAGCAGUUCCAGUCACAUGACAAUUUGUCAAAGAUCAAGCAAAUUCGUAUACAACAGGAGAUUGAUCAAUUGAACAGUGAGCUCAACAGUUCAGUCCUUGAAAACAAGAAGGUAGAGAAAGGAAUCCAAAAUAAAAAUCAAAGGGUGGAGAAAAUAAUUGAACACUUGAUCCAAUCCUUUGAUGAUGAAAUAGAAGAAACCCAGGCUAACCUAGAGUUGAAUCAAAUGGAAAACGAAAGGGAGGAGGCGCAGCUGAAGAGCCUGGCGAAAGCCUUUUCUGCCCUGGAGGUGGAGUAUAACCAGAUCCAGGAGAAGCGUCGGCUGGCAGAGGAGAAGAGAAAGGAGGAGAUAAGGGAACUGGAGUUGAAGACCAAAGCUGCCAUUUUAAUUCAAGCCUGUUGGAGAGGCUACAGCACUCGUAAAUCCUUAAAGAACAAGGGUAAAAGCAAGAAGCCCAAAAAAUCUAAAAGCAUGACAAACAAAAGAAAUCUCUGA